UAAAUUUCGCCCGCACCCACACUCACUACCGGAAUUUCUUUGUUGUUCUUGCUUUGAAGGUUUAACUUGCCCACCGUACUUGCUGGACAAGUACCGGUACCUUAACUCGACCGUGCUGACAACCCUACCACUAGUUUCCGGCUAUUUCAUACAUAGCCUUACAAUUCCUUAUCUGCUUUUUUACGAUACCGGUACUAUAUGAUACGAGUCCCAGCUUUCUUUUUCUUCUGGGAUAACACAUAACACAAUAAGCGGUCCUCAAGCCGCUACCCAAGGAACGUGCCGUUCGGGAUCCCCCGGGGCUGGCGGGGUAGCCUGUAUAAUAGCUUGGACUUCCCUAAAAUAAACCAAAUCGAGCUCGUUGGGUGGUGGGGAAAGAGUGCGUGAAAACGCUUUCGUGCCCACUCGCAGGGUACUGUACAUAUUGGGAGUCGGUUGAUAGCUGUCCAGCGUUGGGCAACACCAACAGUUUACUGUACUGCUACUACACUACUAUUACUACCCCAAUUGCUACUACAACUGCUGUUGUACCUUAAGAGUACCACUUACCGUAUACCAACUUCUAUCACCAACCAAAAACAAACAGUUUGUUCUGGCAAAAACAAGGGAAAAUCCAAAAAUGUCAAACAUCGGUGGCCCCCAAACCACUGACGGAGAAUGCGGUUCCCGCAUUACCAGUUUCCUUCCACACCCAAACCCCCUCCCCCCGACCGCAACAGAGCACUGUCACCCCAGCGGCUACAACACCUUCCCCAACACCCCCGCUCCCUUGAUCCCCACCAGCCCACCCAGCUACAAUGACAUCUCCCUACCGCCGGCGCGCUUCAAAAUCUCCCCGCGUGAAGAGGAAGGGAAAGAGCAAUUGCCAGCCUACAGCUGCUCCCUGCACCGCGAAGCCAUAUUUGAGCAAAAGAUGGAACUAAGUAGUCCUUUCGACCGGGCGGGUGUGCGCAAGUGGGGAAAGGUGUAUGCGGUCUUACACGGGACACUGCUGAAACUUCACAAGCCAAAGCGUACCCCAUUUUUUGCGAGCAGGAAGCCAAAAGGGGUGGACGAGUGGGAUGAUAGUGGGGGUAGUGGUGAUGGUAACAAAAUAGUGGGCAGGAGACCGGUGGGGUAUUAUCCCGGGGAGCUGAUUGGGUGUUAUACACUGCAGCUGGCGGAGGUGGGGAUUGCGGCGGAUUACAAAAAGAGACACUUCGUGAUCCGCCUGCGCGCGCAGACAGAGCAAUUCUUGCUAUCCGCGAAAAGAGUAGAAAUAUUCCUAGACUGGCUAGAGGCGCUAAGCGCAAGUGUGGAUCUCUCACCAUCACUCGAGGAGCGGUCGCUACCGCGAUACCAGACGCUACCGAGGCGGAGGCGACGGAGACAACCACACCCUCCCACCACUGGAAGCACAGCCACCACCUCCGCUGCCUCUACCACUACCGCUACCACUGUUCCAACGACACAAGCACCUCUCUCCCCCCGCUCGAGCACCGUCCUAGAAUUGAUGAUGGGGGCAGACCUCCGCUGCCUCUUAACCCCCCCGCAAACCAACACCCCCAUCACUCCUCCUGCACCAGCAGCGACCAUACCCCCCAACAUUCAACGACCCCAAAUUCCCUCGGAAAAAUGGUCCCCCCCGCGCAUCCUAACUGCUGAAGCAAAUAUACGCUACACCCGCCGCUGCAUGGCCGUGCUCUGCGGCGACGCGCCCAGACAGAGCAACUACGUAGUGCAGGACGGGAAGCGGUACAAGAUUAUCUGGGAGAAGCGGGAGAUGGUGCUCGAGAAGAUCUGGGUGGACUUGCCGAGGUAUGAGGAUGUGGUCGAGCUGGGGUCUUGAUGGCCUAAUAUUUCUAUCGCAUUUCCUUUCUUCCUUACUAACUUUCGAUUGAGUCUUGGGUCACGGUGCGUGGGGAGUUUUAUCUACUUUUUGUUUUUGCUUUUGGGAUGGAGUAUUUUUGUCCGUGGAUCAAAAUUGUGAGGGAGUUUUCUGCAUUUUUUUCUUCUUUUCUCAUUUCGGUUGAAUAGGUGCAUGGAUGGAGGAGGGAUGAACAUUGUGCAGAGUGUUGUCCUUCUCCCGACUUGUCCAUCCAUCCAACACAAAUACCGGUACACCAUACCGGUACUCCCCGAGCCAUUUUCUUGUCUUCCAAAAAUCACACCCCCUCACUCGCCACUUCUUUUUUCCUAUUUUUCCAUUCUCCUUCCUUCAACAGUACUUCGCGUGCAACACGACUCGACAAAACAUAGUUCACCGCCAUACCUAUCUUAUACCUACACCUAAACAUCAUACAUAACGCAUCCCUCCUUCCAUCCCCACAUCCAUACAUACACACAUACAUACAAGUAAAUAAAAAUAAAUAAAUAGGUUUUUUUUCUUUUUUUCCC